AAAUGCAGCCUCGCACAGUUGUUUCCAAAACGGCCGCCGUUGCACGCGUUGUUGUCGUCCGCCCGAUGGCCCUCAUCGAAAUUUAAGCGAAAAUGAAAUUCGGUUAGCGUCAACGAAAAACGAGUUGCAGGGCCACAAAAAGAAGAAACAGAAGCGGAGACGGAGACAGUGACAGUGGCAGUGGCAGAGCCAAAGAGCUAAUCUGUUGUGCAGUGCGUUUUAUCAGCAGCAACAGAAAACAGAAACGAAAACGAAAGUCGAAACAGUCGCGGAUCUGUGGCUCUCGUAAUGUGCCCCAAUAAAAAUAAAUGAAAAUAACAAAAUAAUCACAACUACAGCCGGAAUAUGUAGGUAAAAAGUGAAAAUAAAUCAGAGACACAAAGUGCUCUAAAGCGAUACCCCAAAAAAGUUCCCCAAGCAACAAAAAUAAAUCAAAUAUUAUACAAAAUACCGAAAAAUAAAAUCAAAUAAAAUUAGCCCGAAACGCCAGCGGCAGAACGGGGUGAGGGAGGUGAAGAGUGACCUUCAAACGGCAAUCAAAUAGCUGGCCCAAAUAUCAAAAAGAAAAGAAAACAGCAACCAAAAGUAAGCCAAGCAAUAAGCCAAGGCAACAUCAUCCAUAGGUAUAAUAAGUACCUUUAGCAGCAGAGCACAUUAAUGGAGAUCAGGCGGCGCACCUCCAAGCCAUGGCUGGCACUGAUGCUCUGGCUGUGGCUCUGGCUCUGUGUUGGCACUGCCAAGGGCGACAACAGCAAUCAGAGCUCCACACAAAGUACACAUUGGCAACAGCAGCAGCAGCAGCAGCAGCAGAGAUAUCAAAGUAAGCUGAAUGAAUCGCUUAGAGGCGAUUUGCCAGAGGAACAGGCACAACAAGCGACAUCGAUUGUUAGCUCUCCCCAUGAGAUGCAUUUGACACGCACCUCCGUCAUCUUUGGACUGACCAAGGUGCCGGCGAACGACAGCCAAGUGAGUGCCAAGUGCCAGGGACAGCUGCGGCAGGUGCAGCGAGGAAUACUCAGCAAACAGCCAUGGGCCAUGAAAGUACUCGAUGCUUCUGGCACGAAACCCUCUGGCUUUGUGUACGGCCAGAACUACUGGCUGGGCAGCCGUGAGGCAUGUCGCGGCGUGCAACGACCCGUGGGCAUUACCCUCUCGCAGAACUUCGAGCGUGUGAUGCACUAUGGCAUCAUUACACAGCAGGCGCCCUUCGAUAUGGAUUAUCGUGUGAUUUACCUGAGUCACAGCUCACCCUGGCAGGUGGAGAUCAAGCUGAUGUCCGAGCAGAUCAUACACAUUGGACUGUGCCUGCCGCGUGCCUGCAGCUCGGAGGAGGUCAAACAUUUGGCGCAGCAGUAUGUGACCGGUGGACUGUUCACCGAGAGCGAGAUCUUCGACAUACGCCCGCAGGUGGUGUACAUGAAGGAUCUGCAGUUGAAGGAGGUGUUCUUUGAGCGUCCCAGUUUUCGCCUGCUGGUCGCCUGUGUCCUGGCCACCGGCGCUUUGAUGCUCUGCGCCCAGCAGCUGACGGCGGCCAUAAAGGCAGCUCCAACGACGGUCGACGAUGCGGGCCUACUGGCGCCCGCCGAGUCCGAACUGUGGCGGGCACUCCACUCCCUGCUGGAGUGGCGGCGCCUGCAGAAGUUUGUCGAAUGCUUCGACGUGCCCACAAACUGGGGCAAGAUCUUCGCAGUGCGCGAGAACAGCCCCACUGAGAUACCGCUGAUGAACGGGCUGAGGUCGGUGUGCGCCAUCUGGAUCAUGGUCUUCCAUGUCGUGUGGUUCAUGUACUUUACGGUGCACAACAAAACGGUUCUUAUUUCAUAUGCGGAGCAGGCCUUCUUCCAAUAUGUCUCCUCCGCACCGCUGCUGGUGGAUGUCUUCUUCACCAUUAGUGGCUUCCUGCAGACCUUCAACUUUCUGCGCAACUCUCGGCAGCUGGAGGCAGUGCGACAGAAUAGUCUGCGGCAGAAUCUGCAGCUCUUUGGCAAGCUGCUGUUCCAUCGGUACCUGCGCCUGGGUCCGCUCUAUCUGGUGGUGAUGGCCACCGUGGAUCUGGUGUACGCCUACAUUGGGGAUGUCUCCGUCUACCACAUCAACGAGCGCUUCGAUGAGAUGUGCUCCAGGCACUGGUGGCGCAAUCUUCUGUUCAUUCAGAACCUCUUCGAUCAUCGGGAUAUGUGCGCCAACUGGAGCUGGUCUCUGGCCUGCGAAAUGCAGUUCUUUGUUCUGGCCAAUGCAUUGCUAUUCCUCUAUGUGAAGCAUCCCAAGCUAACCAAAGCGCUGGUGGCCUCUGCACUCGUCUCGACCAUCGUCUGGUCGUAUGGCAUCGGUGUGAGCAUCAAGUUUCAGCUGUCCUUCGAUGCCGCCUUUGCCACCGGCACAGAGAUCUACACCUCGCCGUUUGUGCGUGUUCUGCCGUACAUUUUGGGCGGCAUCACAGCCUGGUGCCUCAAGGAGCGACGCGUGCAGAUGGAGUUGAGCGAGUCCCGUGAGCGACUGUACUGGCAUUUCGCGCUGCUGGUUUUCUUCGGGUGCAUCUACUCGACGGUGCGGCGGGAUUUGGGGCCCCUGAUGGCCAUCACGCUGUUUGUCAUGGGCCGCCUGUUCUUCUCGCUGAGCGUCUGCUGGAUGAUAGCGGGCAGUGCCGGUGGUCGAGGUGUCUGGUGGUCACGCCUGCUGGAGGCCAAAGGCUUCCAGCAUGUCAGUCGGCUGUCGUAUGCCAUUUACCUGCUCAAUCCUUUGGUCAUUGCCCUUUUCUACAGCCUGACCAGCUCCAGCACGCAUGCGGAUCCCUUCAUGCUGUGCGUUGUCACCUGCGGCUUUGCUGUCAUCUGCUACCUGGCCUCGAUUCUCUUCUCGCUGGCCUUCGAGCUGCCGUACAGCAAUCUGUCGAGUCUACUGCUGCGGCGAGGCAAAGCCAACAGCAGCAGCAGCAGCGGAGGCAGCAAGCCGAAGAUCGCCUAAUGGAUGCCUAGCCCUUAACUUAGAUCGUUGAGAUCUGCAACGCACACGCCUCCACCAUCUGACAAUUGUGAUCGCUUUCAUGUACAACUAAACUAAACUAAUCAUCAUAAUCGAAUAAUCGAACCUUUUAGUGCCUUAGUCUCUUGUCUUAGUCAACCCGUAUAGCAUAUACUGUACGUACUAUCUAUAUAAAUCGUAAAACGUAAAUCAUGCAGCGUACA